GAAAAAAGCAUUUUUUCAAUAUAAACAGCUUCGUUUUCAUUAUUAUUUUUAUAUACUUUUUUUUUUAUUUAAGAAAUAAUUACUAGGAGAUUUUUCAAAAAUCUCUAUAUUACUAGUCCAAGUGUCCAAAGCAAUAAAACGUUGUGUAGAGCCAAACACCAGACGAGUUUUAUAUUUGCCAUUGUGCCAAAAUGAGGCCUAUAAAGAGCAGGAAAAAUGGAGGAUUAAAACUUCCAAGGAGCAUUUUGGAUGAAAUAAAUAGUGAAGAUGGUGCUUCAAGAGGCCAGAAAGGAAAGCGUGAAUUGUCUCACAGAGAAAAGAGAAAGCUUGCUAGAAACACAAAAAAUCGCUCUGCUGAUGAGCAGCAGCCACGUCGUGUAAGGAAGGAGGAACGAGAAACUGAAGAUGCUUUAGAUAUGCUCGCAGCUUCGCAAGAGCUUCCUAAAAGCAAAAAAGCUAAGAAAGAUCCAUCUCCUUCAUAUGAAGACUUUGCUCGUAAGCAGCAACUUGCUGCAUUAGAAGAUGAUGACCGAGAAAUUGCGAUGCUUGAAAAGAGACUUGGUGUCCGUGGAAAGAGUAAGCGCACCUCUCAGAUUGAUAAAGAAUUUGGUUGGAUUUUAGAGGAUUUAGAUCAAGAAUCUAAUGAUCUUGAAAGCAAUGACUUGUUAGCUUCUCAGGAAGAGUCAGAAAGUGAAGAAAGUUUCCAAGGGUUUUCUGAAGAUGAAAAUCAAGAAGAGGAGAUUUCGAAUGAAGAGGAGGAAUUAAAUAAUACAAGCGAGGAAGGCGCCAAUGACAGCUCUUCUGAAGACGAGCAAUUACCUUCCCGAGAAGAGCCCAAACGCCAAAAUCCUUACCUUCCAGUUGUUUCUUCUACACCAUCCACUGGAAAAUACAUCCCUCCCUCCCUUCGUCAAAAGACUUCCGCAGAUGAUCAGAACUCUAUCGAAUUGACCCGUCUUCGGAGACGUCUUCAGGGUUUACUAAAUCGUCUUUCCGGUGCCAAUGUAGGGUCUAUCGUUAGCGAAAUUGAAGCCAUUUAUAUGGAGAAUUCCCGCCAUUCGGUAACCGAUACGCUAACUAAACUGAUUCUGCAAAUUGUUAUGGCGAGGGAAUCUAUGUUAGACCAGCUUGUCAUUGUUUAUGCCGCACUUUCCACUGCUCUUUACCGUAUCAUCGGUCCCGAAUUUGGAGCUUACUUACUACAGUCAUUGGUUGAUGAAUUCUUGCGUCUUUACAAAUCCAAGGAGACGGAGCCUCUUUCCUCUCAUAAAGAAACGUCAAACUUGAUAGUAUUUUUCGUUGAACUUUACAAUUUUCAACUUGUUUCUUGUGUCUUGGUUUACGACUUUGUUCGCAUGUUUUUGAAGUCCUUGACGGAGCUAAAUGUAGAACUUCUGUUAAAAAUAGUACGCAAUUGCGGUAAUCAGUUGCGAAGUGAUGAUCCAUCUGCUUUACAAGACAUCGUUCAAGAAAUGCAUCUUUUAUUGAGUACAGCUGAUCCAGCGUCUAUUUCUGUCAGAACCAAGUUCAUGGUCGAAUCUAUCACGAGCCUCCGUGAGAACAAAAAGGCAAAAGUUGCUAUGGCAAAUUCUCAAUUGAAGUCUGAAGCAGUAAAUCAGCUGAAAAAGUUUUUGGGUUCUCUUAAUAAUCGAUCUCUUCGUGCUACUGAACCAUUGCGUGUUAGUAUGCAAGAUAUUGAACAGGUAGAGACGAAGGGCCGUUGGUGGUUAGUUGGCGCUUCUUGGAAGAGUGAUCCUUUGGUAGAAAAUAAUAUCGCAUCCUCUUCCUCUAAAAUAACAGAAGAAAAAAAGAGAAACGAAGAGCUUCUUGCUCAUUCGCGACUUUUGCAAACAGCAAAGAAGUUGCGUUUGAAUACAGGUGUUCGAACCUCGAUUUUCGUUGCAUUAAUGGGAGCUGAGGAUUACAUCGAUGCUUGGGACCGGAUUCUCAAACUUCGUUUGAAGAAAGUUCAGCAGCCUGAAAUUGCGUAUGUAAUUUUGCACUGUGCCUCAAGUGAAAAAAUGUAUAAUCCUUUUUAUGCGUUAGUUGCAUUGAAGUGUUGUACUCGACAACAUAAUUUGAAGAAGUCUUUCCAAUUUUCUUUGUGGGAUUUUUUUAAUGAUUUACAACCUGAGGACGAUGGAGAUGCAAAUGAAGUUCCUACGCGAAAAGUUUUCAAUUUGGCAAAAUUCUACGCCUACUUAGUGAUUGAAGGAGGUCAACCUUUAACAAUUUUAAAACACAUUGAUUUCAUGAGUAUUAAUUCUCAGUUACAGACUUUCAUCCUCGUUUUCUUAUCUGAUAUUUUAAUCGGAACCAAGGAAGAUAUUCAAUUGGUACAGAUUAUGGACACAUGCAAGGCGGAAAAGAAUUUAUCUUCCAAGGUUGAUUGGUUUUUGAAGACAUACGUGCGUAACAACCCUUUGGUAGAAGGAAAGGAGAAGUCAUUGUUAAAGUCUAAUCUUUCAAUUGCAAGAGCUGCUUUACAGACUAUUGCUAAAAAUGAGACGUAAUGCACAAAAAAGAGGGUUCAACUUAAAGGAUAUUAUGGGAUUCAGGUACUUUCAACGGUUAACAUUUUGGAUAUUGAAUAGACGGAAUACAAUUAAUGGACUGUAUUAUAUAGAAGUAAAUUUUCCUACAUCUUUUACGAUGCUGUAAAGACGGAACAAGAAAAGAGAAAAUAAGAAGGUAAAUAUGUAUUAGAAGAAUGAAAUUAUUGACAUUA